AGUUAGGGAAUCACCGGUUAACGUAGCGGAUGCUUUAAGCACUUCAAAUGCGAAUUAUCGAAAACGAAUGAAUAUUACUUUUGUCGAGUUUUAGUCGAUUGUCAGUGCGAUAAGUUCGAAUGAAAAUACCAAUUCGGAUCAAUUAAAGAAACGAAAAAAAUUGGCAAAGAAAUCAGGUUUCUGAUAAGGGAAAUUUUGCAGUGCUUUUUUUUCUUUCUCUCUCUCUCUCUUACUGUCUGAUGAUCGAACACUUUCAUGUGAGUUAAUCAAGUGACAAGGAAGUGAUCAGUUCCGUGAUUUAAAUGUGAAAAUUUAUGAGAAUUUAGAUUUAAUCAAAAUUUUUAUCAAAAUUUAUUUUCACGUCGAAUCCAUUCAUUUAUGGAUUGUACUAAUCGGAUACAAAAUUGUGCGUUGUAAGAAUCUUUGAAAAACAAACUUUUAUGUAGCUGGUAGAGUUUAAAUAUCUCGUUUGUAAGAUAUCUGAUGUGUCAAGGAACCAGCACGAGAUGAUUUUAGAGAAUAGGCUGUUCGUUAUUUUAAUGUUGCUGUAUCUGAAUGAUGGGAUUAACAGCGAUGUGGAGUCUACCAUGGGAUUAGUUGAACCGACUGCUAGUUCCAUAAAACCAGAUUAUGGAAUUACUAAUGUAACCACACAAAUUGGAACAAGUGCAUAUCUGCCGUGUAAGGUAAAACAAAUAUUCAACAAAUCCGUUUCAUGGGUUCGCGUGCGCGACCAUCAUAUAUUGACGGUGGACCGUACAACGUUCAUUGCUGACGAACGGUUUCAUGCGUACUAUUCGAGCACUGGCCAGCUGCCAGGAGUAUGGACACUUCAAAUUAAAUAUGUUCAAGCGCGUGAUGCGGGCUUGUACGAGUGCCACCUAAAUUUCUAUGGCGACGAACAGAAAACUAGUGCUCGGGUGCGACUGAAUGUAGUCGUACCACGCACGGAACUGAUUGGCGACACGAACCGUUAUGUCAAAGAGGGUAGCAAGGUGACGCUUCACUGCAUUGUAUCCGGUGCUCUUGAUCCGCCGUUAUACAUUUUCUGGUUUCAUGGCAGCGAGCAGAUAUAUCCAGACAAUCGACGCAACUGGAAAACGGAAAUAAAUCGCAAUAGUUUAGAAUCGGAUCAUACACAGAGUACGAUUGGAUCGUUAACAAUACCGUCGGUUAAAAAGAAGGAUUCCGGGAACUAUUCGUGCCAACCAUCGAACAGUGAUCCAAUAAAUAUUAUGCUGCAUGUGAUAAAUGGCGAAUAUUCGGCUUCAGCUAUCACCUCGUCCUCAACGACACGGAUGUUAAGUGGAUAUCUUGGUGCUCUCUGUGUAAUAUUAAUGGUUUUUCAAACAUGACAUUGUAAGUUCAUAAAUAUCAAUGACUUGGAACUUUUGACAAGAAAUUUGCUGUCAUGACGGGGCAGUUACCAAAGGUGUUAAACGAACAUUGUAUAACAACUAACACCCAACAACAGUAACACAGAACAGAAGAAGAAGAAAAUAUCGAACGAAAAAGUGAAAUUGAAGUCGCACUUAACGACUUUUAACCUUUUUUUAAAGAAAAGAAAAUGAAAACCGAAAAGAAGGAAAACGUAAAUGAACGGUAUAUGGGUUCGUUCAUUGUGUGAUGAUUGCAUAAUAAAGGUAAAAAUAAAAUUGUGGUCAUGGUGUCCGCACCAUGCAAUGGUGUGACCAUUUCGAAAAUAUAUUUGGAAACGAUAAAAACGAUGAAUUAUUGUAAAAAAAAUGAAAAAAAAUAUUAUAAAUUGACCCCCUUUCCGACGAUGUUGACACACGCCAAUUAUUAAGUCAAAUAUUUUCAACGAAUUGUUUUUUUAGUUUUUCCUUCGGUGUGAGGGAUUAUUUUGACGAACAAUAAGCUGGAUUCGAUACCACCUUUCUAAGACCGCCACUUAAUGAAGCAUCUUCAAAUGUAAGUGCAACAGGCUAAGUCACUACUAUACACGAACUAUUUUCUCAAGUUUUCUUAGGCUUUCCUCAAUUUUUUUCCAAACUUGUAAUUUUGGAAAAAUGUGAAACAUAGCUAUUUUGCUAACUAGUUAGUAA